AUGCGAGGCGGCUCGCUAGACGACCACCUCCUGCCCUCCCCUGACGCGCGGGCGCGUCUGCAGAAGCUCGGCUUCAAAGGCACUCCGGGGCUGUCGUGGUGGCAGCGACUCUCGGCGGUCUGCGACGCGGCGAGGGCGCUGGUGCACCUCCACUCGAACAGCAUUCUCCACCGCGAUGUCAAGACGGCCAACAUCCUGCUCGACGGCGCGCUGCUGCCGCUGCAGCGCGUCUACCGCGCCUUCCUCUCCGACGUCGGUCUCGCCAAGGAGCGGGCGGGCGGUUCGAUGACCAUGGCGACCACUGCGACCAGCGCCAUCUACUCGACCGGUUUCGCGGACCCGAACUUCCUCGACUCGAACCAGCACUCGGCCAAGACGGACGCAUACGGGAUCGGGAUCUCGCUGCUGAUGGCGUUGACGGGC